AUGUUCGAUGUGAUAGCGAAAAAUUCAGAAAGCUCGAAAGUCGAGCAUCGUGAGGAGAACGCAGUCAAAGAAUCCACGAAUUGGGUACCCACCAUGUUCUUUGCCACGGGACCAGGAUUCAGGAAUGGUUUCGGAGAUCACAGUAGCACUGACAUAGAGCAACCAUUCUAUCGUCAACCAACAGCAGUUCGAACACAAUUUGGGUACCAUGGAGGUGAAGACGUUGGCAUUUGGGCUGAUGGACCAUUCUCAGAGUUGUUUUCGAGUUCUUUGGAGAACACUGAAGUCGCCUACAUCGUGAAGUUCCUUCUAUGCUUGAGCACCACUGACUUCACAAUUUGUGAUAUUCCUUCGAAGUCGGAAGUGCUGUCAAGAGAUUCAAGAGAUCCAGCGCGCCUCAAUGCUUUGGAAAAAGGCUACCCCAGAUGGGACCGGAUGGUAUUCAGCAUUCGAGGAGAAUGUGUUAAACAGAAAUGCAAGUACGCCUUCCGAGAGAACAGCACACGAGUGUUGAAGUACAGUCCUAGAAGCAAUCAAGGUGGAUAUUUCUGA